AUGGCCGAAGCGGGCUUCUUUUUUACUGGACCAAAGGAUCGGGUCCAGUGUUUUUCUUGUAACAUUUCUCUGGAAAACUGGCAGGUGGAGGAUAUUCCAUGGGAAGAACACGCACGUCAUGGUAUUGGGCUGUACAACUGCAGCUUCGUAAAACAGGAGAAAGGUUUAAACUAUGCCGAGGAAGUCAUCGCCAAAGCCGUUGCCAAAUCGGAACAAGUGGCCACCGCGGCGGCUGUCGUCUACGCUGAGCUUGAAGCUUAUUUUUGGACGCUCAUCAUGGACGACUAUCAGCUUACGGAUGUUGAUCGUAUGGACACUGAUGCUAUUUUCGACGAAGGGUCAUGGAAUCUGCCACCAUCGCCACCGUACGUUAUCACCGAUGUGGAUCGUCAGGAUACCGAUGCCAUACUUGCGACUGGUGAUUGGGAUGACUGGGUGUUAAGGAACGCUGAUCAGGGAGGCGCGGGGAAAGCGACGGAUGGAGCCAUGGACAUUGAUAUUCCAGACGUAGUUUCGGGAAAGCCACUGACGCUUGAAGAAAUUAGCGAUAUUCCGGAUUUCUCAGCUCUAUUCAGCCUGACUGAGAACAAAGAGCGCCAAUUCAAGAAAUUCAACAGCACCGAGUACGAGUACCGUGUGGAAAUCGCCACACUGCCGCGUAUUUAUUCCCAGGAAGAAACUGUCUUGCUUCUGCCUUUGCUGCUGGAAUCCAUAUUGAAUCUAUGCGUGACUCAGUUUCAACCGCCGGAUCGUGUUACCAUUUCCAUUAGCUGUGCGUCGCUGGAAUUCCCAAUUUACUUGUCUAUGCGAAAAUUGUCGGACUUCAGUGUCGACGACCUUGUUGCUGUCUGUACCAAGGCCAACUCCGGGCGGAUGGUGCUGGACGAUACCUGCUCGAUCCGCAUUUUUCGCACUAUCAUACCAAGCGGGGGGAACUGGAGAUUUCUACAUCGUCACGUGGCGCGGGACGCAAAACGUUUCAGCAAGUCUAUAGUUACUGUUCGCGUGGAUAACAACUAUUGCCUCCCAGCUGCAUUGUUCUUGGGCAAGUACCGUCUGACCCACGAUGUUAAAGAAACGUACAAAAGCCAGUGGAAGCACCUGUACAGCAAGGAUGGAGUCACUAAGCUGACAGGCCAUGCCCGAGAGAUCAUCCAGCUGACUGAUUUACCGUUGGGACGGUGUUAUGACCUUAACGACCUGAGUGCCAUCCAGGAAGAAUGCUUUCCCGAAUUCCAAGUUAAAGUUAUUUCGGCGGAUCACGGCAAUACCAUUAUCGCCCGCGUACCAGAGAAAAAAACAAAGGAUAUGAAAGAAAUGUUUGUCUUGUUGGAGAAGAAUCACUUUGACCUCGUAACUACUGUCACCGGUAUUUUCAACUCAUCAUACUUCUGCUCAGAGUGUGAUAAGCCGUACAGCCACAAGGAGCGGCACCGAUGCGGUGGAAACUGUCGCUUUUGUUAUCGGUCAGUAAAUGACUGCGUCGAGGGGUCCGUUGUUUACUGUGGCGACUGCAGGCGUACCUUCAACAACCAGGAAUGCUUUAACAUCCACACGGCUGAUCGCCGCAAUGGAAAAACCUAUUGCUCCCAGAUUUUUUACUGUAAAGACUGCCGCCGCUUUGUGAACUUAACACGCCGCCCAAAUGAAAAGCACAAGUGUGGGGAGAUGUUUUGCACGGUUUGCCGCGAGUGGGUCCAGCAGGCCACGCAUAAGUGUUACAUCAAAACCUUUCCAAAACCAUUACCACCAUCACCGGAUCAACCAGAGCGACCAAAGCGAUGCAUUUUCUUCGAUUAUGAGACGUACAACGAUCCGGUCAAUGGACAUACUCCAAGUUGUGUUGUGGCUCAGUACGAAGACGGUACGGAAUUUCGAUUUCCGGCGGACGGUCAACCAAUGACCAAGGAUGUCGGGCAGAUGUUUGGGGAAUGGCUUUUUUCGGAGCAACACAAUCACUACACGAUUAUUGCUCAUAACUUCCGGGGAUAUGACGGUCAUUUCCUUUUGAAACACCUUUUGGAUAAUAAACUGCGCGGUGUGGAAGUUAUCAAGAGGGGAACCCAGCUUCUGGAGCUGCGCUAUCGAUCCUUGCAUAUGUGUUCCCGUGACACGUUAAAUUUCAUGCCGAUGAAACUCAGCAGUUUGCCGAAAGCGGUUGGUUUGGAAGUGGAGGUCAAGAAAGGCGACUUCCCUCACCACUUCAAUAGACCUGAAAACUGGGAUAAAGUGCUGCCUUGGCCCGAACCGGAAAUGUACGUUUUUGACGGCCUGAAGAAGAAAGAGAAAGAGGAAUUUUUAAAGUGGCACGCAGAAGCAAAAGCUGCUGCGGGUGGACAGUUCGACUUCCGCGAUGAAAUCAUGACCUAUUGCUCGAACGACGUCACUGUGCUCCGACGUUGUGCCUUGAAGUUCGUUGAUGACUUUGUCGCUCUGACUAAUCUGAACCCGCUGGACAGUAUCACUAUGUCAUCCGCCUGCAAUAAGUAUUAUCGCACGUUCCAUCUGGCACCCGAAAAGUUGGCUGUAUUGUCCUCCCAUGGACCUCACCGCAACCGACGCACCAGCGUUCAAGCCACGCAAUGGUUGGAGUUGCUGAAUCGAGACCUGAGUGGGCGUAUUCAGCACGGACGAAACGGCAAGGAAGUCCACAUCGGACCGUACUUUGUGGACGGUUUGGAUGCUAGUACUCGUACAGUUUACGAGUACAACGGUUGUGUAUUCCACGGGCACCCCGAAUGCACCGAACAAGAUGAUCGGUCACCAUUCUCUCGUAAAAAGAUGAGUGAGGUGUACGAGGAAUACCUGGACCGUGUACGAUACCUGGAGGAUGAGAAGUAUACAGUAGUUACCAAGUGGGAGUGCGAUUGGAAGAGCGAGCGUCAGGAAGCCGAUAUCGCUACUUUCCUGUCUGGCCAAAACCUUCGCGAACCCCUGAAUCCCCGGGACGCCUUUAAAGGCGGGCGUACCAAUGCCAGUCGCUUGUACUACGCAGUGAAGCCGGGGGAAAUGAUUAUGCACUUCGACGUUGUUAGCCUGUACCCUUUCGUUAAUAAGACCAAGACCUACCCCAUCGGUCACCCCGCCAUUGUUUUGUCGAAUUUUAAGGACGUGAAGGAAUAUUAUGGCUUGGUUUCCUGUAAGGUACUACCCCCGGCGCAGUGUUUGUACCCUGUUCUCCCUGCUACUAUCAACAAGAAGCUGGUAUUUACGCUUUGUCGGACCUGUGCGGACACCAAAAGUAACUACUAUUGCCAGCAUUGCGACGCUGACCGCUGCCUCGAAGGUGUAUGGACCACCCCGGAGCUCCAUCACGCCAUCGAUAGGGGAUACACCGUGCAGGAAGUGUGCGAGAAAGAUGACUUCAUCCGCCAGGUCAAAGAGCGUGAGGGGAUUGACCUUGAUUCGGAAGCCAUGAUCUACGAUGCUGGGCGCCGUAAUGUGGCCAAGAACUGUCUAAACUAUUUGUGGGGCAAGCAAGGACAGCGGGAUGAUAUGACUAUGACCAAGUUCGUCUACAAAACCAAGGAUUAUUUGGACAUGAUCCGUUCCAAGGCCGUUGAAAUUCAUGAUGUUUUUGCCAUCAACGAGGACUGUCUCAUGGUGACGUAUUCGAAGGGAGAAGACUACAACGAAGGUAGUAGCGCUACAAACGUUGCCCUGGCCGCCUUCACCACCGCCAAUGCUCGCCUAAUCCUACUGGACAUGAUGGAAAAGCUGGGCGAUCGCCUCCUGUACUAUGAUACUGAUUCGGUCGUCUUUCUCACUCGCCCUGGGGACUGGGUGCCGGAGACGGGCAGUAUCCUGGGCGACUGGGACAACCAGUUGCAGUCCGGGGAGAGCCACAUCGUGAAGUUCGUGUCGUGCGGCCUAAAGGUGUACAGCUACGAGACUGACACUGGUCGGAUCGAGUUAAAGGCAAAAGGCCUUACCCAAAACGGGUACACGGAAGAUAUUCUGGAUUUUAAUGAAAUCACCAAGACCUUCGCCCGGACCGGACAGACCUUGGACUUCGACCAACUGAAGCGCCUGUUGGACGGAACAGAAUCCCAUGUUCAAAUUAUUUAUCCUGAAUUCAUCAAACGGAAUGGCAAAACACAAGAAAUUAAUACCGUUUGUUUGUUUAAGAAGUUGAGAAUGGUUUAUGACAAGCGUAUGUUGCUUCCCGACUUCACAACGCUACCUUUUGGUACUAAGCAAUAA